AUGCAGCCUGCAAUUCAAGUAUGGUUUGGAGAAGACCUGUCCCUGAGUCCACAGAGUCUUCUGACUCCCAGACACGGGCCGGGACUGGAGAACGUGUGCUAUUAUGAAGAGUGGAUGGCUGUGUGGCACGCGGCCACCCUGCUGCCCAUGCAGGAAGACCUGUCCAUCUGGCUAUCUGGUUUGCGUGGCAUUGAAGUUAAGGCAGAAAGAUUAUUAGAAGAACUUGAUAAUGGAGUGCUAUUAUGCCAACUGGUUUAUGUUCUUCAAAACAUGGUGAAAACGUGCAACUCUGAACAACUGGGAAAUUUUCCAAUGAGAAAAGUACCCUGUAAGAAAGAUGCUGCACCAGGUUCAUUCUUUGCCCGAGAUAAUACUGCAAACUUCCUUCACUGGUGUAGAGACAUCAGGGUUGAUGAAACUUACCUCUUUGAAUCUGAAGGUUUAGUUUUGCACAAAGAUCCAAGACAGGUGUAUCUUUGUCUUCUUGAAAUUGGUCGAAUAGUGUCAAGAUAUGGUGUUGAACCACCAGUAUUAGUAAAACUUGAGAAAAAAAUUGAGGUAGAAGAGAACUUACUUAAUACUUCUGGGCCUGAAGAUUCCAUCAGCAUCCCAAAAUCAUGCUGCCAGCAUGAAGAGCUCCAUGAAGCUGUGAAACAUAUUGCCGAGGACCCUCCAUGUAGUUGUUCGCAUUGAUUUUCUAUUGAGUACUUAUCUGAAGGACGGUAUCAACUAGGGGAUAAAAUUCUCUUCAUAAGAAUGCUUCAUGGAAAACACCUCAUGGUUUGUGUUGGUGGAGGCUGGGAUACUUUUCAAGGAUUUUUGCUUAAAUAUAACCCCUGUCGAAUCUUACAGUUUGCUACACUAGAACAAAAAUUUUUAGCAUUUCAAAAAGGAGUUGCUACUGAAAAUGUACCUGAUUCCCCCACCAGAACACCUCAGCCUCCUGACAUGAAUCCCUUGUCAGCAGUCAACAUGUUUCAGAAGCAAAAUUCAAAGCCUGGCACACCAGCUGGUAUUCCAAGGGGCAAAGAAAAACCGGUAUGUCAACCAAGUGGGUUGCUGCCAGCAUCUUCCCCGAAAGGGGGUAACCUGGGCUCUGGGUCAGCGUGUUCUAAAUUCACAAAUUCUGUAGCAGUCCCCCAUCUCAAGUCUUCAAAAGGCAUAACAAAGAAAGCACAAGUGCCUUUGAACAAGGCAUCAUCUUCACAUGCUGCUUCAUAUCCAGGAGGUAAAAACACUUCUUCACCAGCUUUACCAAGAACUGCGCCCUGUGUGUCUGAGUCACUGAGAAAAUGUGUUGCAUCCCCCAGUCCCCCGAAGGCCAAGCUUAUCCCAGCCAAGAUUUCAAGAGAUCUGCCUGAGUCUACGCUUUUGCCAAGUAAGAGUUCUGGAAAAACAGAACCCAUGUAUUUGAAACACAAUCAUGUUUCUUCCCUGGAUAGGGCAGCAUUUCACUUGGCUGCACAUUCGAAUUCAUCAUCAAAGGGUCCCAAGCUGCCGGCAGCAAAUAUACACCUCAGGCCUAAACCUUCUGCGUCUCUCCAAUACUCUGCAAAAAUGACAAAUCCCGGCUCCAAAACCACGGCCAGGGGGCUAGGAACUCGGUCUCAGCCACCUGCUGGAGCCCCACAAGCAAAGCCAGUCCCCACACAGAAACUGAAAUUGGCCUUGAAUUUAAAUCCACCAGGUUCUGUAUCCUCGGUUUCUUCUCGAAAAGCCACACAGGCAUUGAAAGAUAAUACAGUUUCAGUUGCCAAAAAGCAGCCUCACAAUAAAAGUACAUGCCAGAAGAAAGGAUCCAGCUCCCCCAUGUCACCCGGCCGCACCCCACUGUCCAUUGUGAGCCUUCCCCAGUCUUCUGCCAAAACACAAACCGUGCCAAAAUCACCGCAGAAUGCCACUAAAGGCCAGUCCUACACUAAAAGACCUCCCAAAGGUAGUAAAACCUCACCUUCGACCAGGAAGCCCCUCUCAUCUGUUAAGGGAACAGAUGAUGGAGGUAAAAAACCUGCUGCCAAGAAAAAGGAAGGUGAUCACCAUUAUUUUGUCAUGACUGGAAGUAAGAAACCUAGAAAAUAA